GCCGCGGAGGGGAGCAUUCACACCCCGCUGUCUGCGUUUAGCGGACGGGGCUCUCGGUGAACCGGAGGGAGAUGGUCGGCACCCCGUGCGCCCGGCGGCUGGCGCGCCGCUCCCGCUCCACGCUGCUGCUGGCCGCCGCGGCGCUGCUGCUCAUCCAGACCCUGGUGGUGUGGAACUUCAGCAGCCUGGACUCCGCCGGCGGGGACGCGGGCGCCCGAAGCCGGGAGAAGCGGGACGAGCGGAGCGGGGGGCUCAACAAAGCCGCCACGGAGCGCCGGUGGAGGGGGCCGCAGCGGAGCGACGAGCCGCCGCGGGAAGCCGCCGCGCUGCACGGGAAGGCGGCCGCUCGACUCAAGCUGCAGCCGGAUGUCCACCGUCCCCACCGUCCAAAGCUCCGUCCCGACAGCAACAACAACGAGAACUCGGUUCCCAAAGACUUUGACAACAUCGACAGCAACAGCAACCUGGGAGCGCGGUCGCAGCGUCAGCAUCUCGCCGCUGCAAACAGCAAGCGGAAGCUGGAAAAGAACCAAGGCAUGCUGGGAAAUGAAGUCCUAAAGCAUGCUCCGGUCCUUUCUCAAGCUCCCAACCAGACCCACAUCCUGACCGUCCCGGCGCCGGCUCAGGGCUCCAAUCAGGACGCCACCUUCUUCCAGACGAAGCGGCCCGGGUCGCCCCCACUGCCGCCGGGUCCGGAGCCCAACAGGGAGCGGCCGCAGUGCGAGAUCAGCGGGAAGGAGGCCAUUUCCGCUCUGUCCAGAGCCAAGAGCCGCGAGUGCCGGCAGCGCAUCGUGGAGGUCUACUGCAAGCACAAAGAGCGGGCGCUGAUGCCGGAGAAAGUCCCGCGCUACUGUCCGAUCCAAGGUAAAGCUAACCUUAACGUUCAGUGGGACGGCGGCGCCGCCGCCUCGCCGCCGGUCCGAGUCGCCUUCGUCCUGGUCGUCCACGGCCGCGCAGCGCGGCAGUUCCAGCGGCUCUUCAAGGCCAUUUACCACACAUCGCACUUCUACUACAUCCAUGUGGACCAGAGGUCCGAUUACCUCCACCAAGAGGUUCUGUCUCUGGCGGGCCGGUUCCCCAACGUCAGAGUGACGCCCUGGAGGAUGGCGACCAUUUGGGGCGGAGCCAGUCUCCUGACGAUGUACCUGCGCAGCAUGGACGACCUCCUCAAAAUGGCCGACUGGUCCUGGGACUUCUUCAUCAACCUGAGCGCCGCCGACUACCCCAUCAGGACCAACGACCAGCUGGUGGCGUUUCUCUCCAAACACCGAAACAUGAACUUCAUCAAGUCUCACGGCAGAGACAACGCUCGUUUCAUCCGUAAACAGGGCCUGGACCGGGUUUUCUACGAGUGCGACACCCACAUGUGGCGCCUGGGAGACCGUAAGAUCCCGGAGGGCGUGUCUGUGGACGGAGGCUCUGAUUGGUUCCUGCUCAGCCGGCCGUUUGUGGAUUACGUCGUGAACUCGCAGGACGAUCUGGUCAGAAAUAUGAAGCGGUUCUACAGCUACACGCUGCUGCCGGCCGAGUCGUUUUUCCACACCGUCCUGGAGAACAGCGUCCACUGUGAGACGAUGGUGGACAACAACCUGAGGCUCACCAACUGGAACCGCAAACUGGGAUGCAAGUGCCAGUACAAGCACAUAGUGGACUGGUGCGGCUGCUCUCCGAACGACUUCAAGCCCUCAGACCUGCCGCGCCUCCAGCAGGCCUCCAGGCCCACGUUCUUCGCCCGGAAGUUCGAGGCCAGCGUCAGCCAGGAGGUCAUCAGCCAGCUGGACGCCUUCCUGUUCGGCGCGUAUCCGUCCGGCACGCCGGGCCUGCAGGCCUACUGGGAGAACGUCUUCCACCAGCAGACGGACGGCGUGUCCGGCCUGUCCGACGCCGCGCUCAGCCACCACCACGCCUUCGCCCGCAUGGGCCUGGCGCGCGCCGCCGGGUCGCUGCAGGGACACCCCGCCGAUCACAGCUGCAGGUACGCUGCCAUGAGCCACCCGAUGUCGGUGCACGCCUACUUCCUGUCGGACCAGUUCCAGGGCUACCUGGUGCUCCACGCGGCCACAAACCGAGCCUCCACCCAGAUGGAGACGCUGGAGACCUGGGUGGCUCCCAGGGACCACUUCACCCUGGCCAGCCAGCCCCACAGCAGCAACCGGCUGCAGCACAUCCAGGUCGGGUCGGACUGGGACCCGAAGGAGCGGCUCUUCAGGAACUGGGGCGGCCUGCUGGGGCCCGAAGACGAGCCGGUGGCGGUUCAGCGCUGGAGCCGCAGCCAGAGCAACCUGACCGCCACCGUGGUCUGGAUCGACCCCACCAACGUCAUCGCCGCCACCUACGACAUCCUGGUGGACGCGUCGGCCGAGGUGACCCACUACCGGCCGCCGCUGACGGCGCCGCUGCGGCCCGGCGUCUGGACGCUCCGAGUGCUUCACCACUGGAACCUGCUGGGCCAGACCAGCUUCGUCGUCGCUCCGCUCGAGUUCCACCGGCAGCAGCCCAUCCAGAAAGAGGACACGCUGCGGCUCCACGCCGGCCCCCCCAGGAACUCCUACAUGGAGCAGAGCUUCCACGGUCUGAACCCGGUGCUGCGGCUGCCGGUGAGCCUCCGCGCCGUGGAGGAGGCCGAGGCCAACUCCGGCCUGACGGGGGCGCCGCUGCGCCGCUGGCUGGACGGGCUCCUGGAGGGCCACUGGGCCGCUGCGGACCUCUGCUCGCUGGGCCCCAGCGCCUGCCCCGUCAUGCAGCGCUGUGCCCACACCAGGUGGAGCUCCGCCAGCCCUGACCCCAAAUCCGAACUGAGCGCGCCCAGAGCGGACGGCCGGAUCAGGUAGCAGCGGGACGGACGGAGGAAACAUUUAUUUAUUUGAAGGUGGCAGGAACGGAGGAGGACCCGAACCCGUUCUGAGCCCAGUUCGGUUUGGGACAACACAGCCCAGUGAAUGUCAGAACCAGAACUUCAUACCUCUUGUUGUCGAGUUCACAAAAAUUAUUAUUUAUUAAUUGUUUAGUCUAAUUAUGACAUUUUUAAUGUCUGAACUGAGACCAAAAUCAGCUCUGACCUUUCCACAGGAUUCCUGGGAAUUUAUUUCUAAUAUUUCCCAGAAUAUAAGUAUGGAAAAAAACUGGGUUUCUGGGUGAGGAGCUCCCCCUGGUGGCACCGACAUGUAAGUGACCCCACUGAGAACUUCUCUCAAAAUAAACUACAGAAUAUAGCUACAGUCAGACACCGUAAAAAACUUCAUAAUUCAUUUAAAAAGUUCUGUGAAACUUAAGAAAAGAGAAACUUGACUGAAGUUCAUGAUGUGAGGGUUUUGCAGCUUUCAGAUAAUUGAAGUUACUGUCAUUUUUUAACAUUUAGAUGGAGAAAUCCCUCUUUCCCCCCUGAAAAAUCAUGUUUUAUUCAGAAACUUUUUCAUGACUUUUUUUUAGAUUUGCUUAUUUGGAUCCUAGAUCAGAGUUGCUGCUUAUCAUUUAUGUAAAAACAACAAAAACAAAUUGUUCUGAUGUUUCAGUUGUGUUUUAUGCAGCUUUAAAUCCAAAGUGUGGGACUUGAAGAAAGUUUUGAAUUGAGUUAAUUGCAGGAUCUGUAAUUAAUUGUUCAAUAUUGUAGAACUCAAAGGUCAAAUAUAUACUGUGCACUUUAGAGAAUUGGGAUCUGGGAAUACCAAUGUUCCCUUAUUUUAUUUUUUCCAUACUUAUCCUGAUCUGGAAAAUAGUGAGCUCCAGCUCCGUGUUUCACCCAGUAGAAAUCCUGAUCUAAUAAACCGAUAAGCUCCUCAGCAGCCGGAGACGUUUUCUCACAGCAGGAGGCACCAGCCGUCCUGCUGGAGCGUCUCCACAUUAUUUAUUAAAACAAAGAACUGCUACCCUUUCACACAACAAGCAAAGAAUGCUGCCAUGAUCGCCACCUGCUGGCCAGAUGCUAUUACUUCAUCAUAUGUUGGAAUUACAGGGAUAUUUCACGUCCAGAGCAAUCAUCUUAGAUAUUAAAGCCGAUAUUUUUUCACAGAUUAAAAAUCACGCCUCUGAUGUUUCCUGAUGGACAUUCAACUAACUUGUUUAAAGUUUUCCUUCCUGGACUCCAGCUGCUCUGUUCUGUCAACGUCGGGUUUUCUUUGUGCCGUUUUAAAAUCCUUCAGACUUGAAAUGAGCUGUCCAAGAAGAAAUUCAUCUUCUUUAAAAACUCUGUCUGAGUCAAACAUCUAAGAACUGCUGAACUAAUUUAUUCAAAAGUUUAUACAACUAAUUUUUCCUCUUUAGGAGGAAAAUGUGUGCCUUUGUUUCUGAAGGCGGAUGAAACGAUUAAAUGAUGUCGACCACAGACUUCAGGACGCCAUGAUGUCUUUAUUUAUGGUCUGUUGUCCAAAUGAUGGGAGGGAUUUAAAUCUUGUCUUAGCAAGAAGGAAGACAAAAACUAAUUUUAGAUGUUAAAUAAUGGAAGGAUUGAAGGUUUUGAUGACAGUAUGAUAGACGUUUAAAAAUCUGAUGUUCUUUAUAUGUUUUGAAUUUGAAAACCUUUAAAAGUUUAAAUUUUGUGACGGAUAAAAACAGUGAUUUAUUUAUAAAUUAGCUCUGUUAUAAUUUAAUAAUAAAACCCCAAAAUUGAGCUUUUCAGAAAAUAAGAAAAAGGCAUUAAAUCCUAACAGAGGAUUUAAAAGUUAUUUACAUGUUCUGGAUCGUAUCUCCACUCCACUCGGUCUGGGCAGAAGAGAAAAGUGCUGAUGUGAAUCUUUUUCUUACACACUUUUUCCUUCCACUUAAUUUUCCACCAGCCAUUUUUAUUUAUUGUUUUUAGAAAUCAUGUCUUGUGGCUUCCCCUCCUUGUGGAGAUUUCAGUUUGGUGAACAUCGGUCAUGUUUUCUCCAUGACUGUAAAAAAAAACUGUUUCUGAAAAACAGAAUUUGUUUUUUUUAUUAACUGUGAAACAGAAUCAUCCAAAUUUGAUGAAAAACGGUACAUCACUCUGUGAUGUAAAUCUGAGUUUCACCUUUUGAACCGAGUUGCUGAAGUAAAUUAACCAAUAAACUAAAUCACCAAAAAUAACAUGUUUGUUGUUUUUGUUGGUUUUAAGUCAAAUGAAAGAAACUUUGAGGACGUUGAAUUAUUUCUUUUUCUUAUUAGAAGUUCAGUUUUCAUUUUGAUUUCCUCCAAAGUUGAAGCUGAAGUGAAAACUUUAAGAACAAAUUCAGAGGGAAAGUAAACCGAUGAGAUAAACCCUGAAAACAGAAACCCAGAUUUUCUGAUUGUUUCAACAGAAAAAAGAAUAAAAUAAAUAAAUAUCAUUAGAGUUUAAAUAAAAGCAGAUCAUUGGAAAAGGGGGUUUGAGAUCUUUGUUUCUUUUUUCAUUUAGGUAAUGUAUUUCUUUUUUAUUUAUGCAUUAAUUUUAAUGUAAUUUAAAUGGAACUGGGACCAAACUGGUUUCCAGAUGCCCAGUUAAAGAUGUAGCAGCUCAGAGCGAAGCGUUUCUGUCUAUGAAUGAAUCUGGAUGGAUGUUGAUUUUAUUACAGAGAAAGAAGUGAAACGAUGUACAGACUUUAAAUGUCCAGAUUUCUGUUGUGAUUAUUGAAUCGUGAAGCAUUUCCCAGGAUUGUUUUUCAUUUUUCAUCUUUUUUGUCGUUUCUCUCUGGGAGUCGUGCUGUGCCUUAGCUGUGCUCCUGUUUUAGAAAACUGAAUAAAAAACACAACAAAUCA